GUAAAGCGAAGCAAGAGCAGCCCUUUCUUUCCAUUCUCGUCAGUGUGUUUUUAUGCGACGGACGCAGAAAACAUACGUCAGUUGAUAGUUAACUACAUUUCCCAUGAGCACCCGCACCCAGUUGAGUUGAAACUACACAAGACAACAUGGCGGGAAUCGCAGCGUUCCUGAAGAAUGUCUGGAAUAAGGAGCCUGUUAUCAUGGCCUCCUGUACUAUUGGAGCGAUAGGUCUUAUUAUUCCAUUUAUCAGCCCCUACACAAAGUAUACAGCAAUGAUCAAUUCAGCUAUGCCGUACAACUACCCAGUCCCUGUGCGAGAUGAUGGAAACAUGCCGGAUGUCCCUGCUCAUCCGAGUGACCCAAAAGGACCAAACUUGGACUGGCUUAAAAAUCUUUAACUUCACAUUCGCACGAUCACUUGUGCCGUUCCUAUUGUUCAUAUGUGUCCGCAAAACUGCUCCACCUAUCACUGUCCCACAAUAAAGAUUUAUUUAAUUCUA